CGCAUGGAUUAGAGUGUUUACAACUGGCAUCAUUCUGGGUGCGACCGCAUUAGCCUGCUUUCCAAGAAUACAGAACCACAGCCGAAUUUUCACUUGCAGGCUGAUGCUUAGUAGAGCAUAUCGGAUCUUGUAUUACAAGCCUUUUUUUUUUUACUGUGUCAGUGAGGAACAGUGGGGCUGGUUGUGUGAUUUCUGCCGCAGCGCCUGGCCACCCACCAUCUGUGGAAGUGGGACAAGGGAACAGAUGGCGCAUCCAAGCCGGCCUACAGGGCUGCUGACGCUUACUGUUGGGACAGCUUUGGAGAUGAGUAUCAAUCAAUAAAAUAGGAUGCUGUUUUCCUCUACUGUGCAGUAGGCUGUGUUUUGCAGAGAUAACAAUGUCGGAGUGACUUGGAUUCGAGUUUAUGUGACGAACCCUCGCAGAUUGACCACAUUGACGCGCAACGAUUCAACCACUGGCAUCAACUUAAUCCCCUUUGACGUGUCUUUGGCUUGGUGAACAAUGGUUGAUAACCGCUACGCUACAGCUCUGGUCAUUGCCUGUGUGCUGAGCAUACUGGCCACUGUGUAUCUGUCUGUGGCCAUCGGGACGCAGCACUGGUACCAGUACAGCAGCCCCACCGUCCGUGGAGAGGCCAACGUGUCCGAGUUGCGCUCCCUGUAUGAGGAGUUCAUGGACGGGGAGUUUGAUGAGAAAACCUACAGCGACACCCUGUUCCGUCUCAAUGGGACUGUGGGCCUCUGGUGGCGAUGUGUGCUCGUUCCUGCCAACGCUAACUGGUUCAAAGAGACAGAUGCAAAAAUCGUGCUGGAGUGCCGAAGCUUCAGUCUACCUCAGCAGUUCACCCCAAAAUACAAAGAACCAGGGAACCACAACAGUGGAGAGGACAUGCUGCGCACGUACUUGUGGCGAUGCCAGUUCCUGCUACCACUAGUGUCCCUGGGUCUUGUGGUCCUGGCAGGCUUGAUCGGGUUUUGUGCCUGCCUCUGUCGAAGCCUCACCCCCACCCUUGGGAUAGGAAUACUUCAUCUGCUGGCUGGUCUCUGCACCUUAGCCACAGUGUGCUGCUACCUGGCUGGGAUGGAUCUGCUCCACAAGGUGUCAAUGCUGCCCGAUAAGGUGGAUGGCUCCCAGGGCUGGUCCCUCUACUUGGCCCUUAUUUCCUCCCCGCUCCACAUGAUGGCCGCCGCACUGCUCGUGUGGGCGGCCCGCAGCCACAGUCAGAACUACUAUCGCAUGACCGCCUACAGGGUGGCAUAGACUGAGAUUCAGCUGUGAAUCUCUGCCCUGCUUCAAUUCAUAUGCCACUCCAACACCAAGAUGCUUUUUAUUAUGAUCUCAGAGGAAUGAGAUGUGGGUCAAUCUGUGUGUUUUGCCCCCCUGACGGAUUAAAGUACAGGCGCUCUGUAGUAAUGACCCUAUCUGCUGCAUUAAAAGAUUAAUGAGAUGGUUAUAGAGUUGGUUUGUAAAAGGUCAAGAGAGAUGUUGAUUUUGCAACAUAUGUUUGGUUCUGGGUAACUUAACCCCAGGUUCAAAAGCAUAAGCUUGUCCCAGUUCAUAGCAUAACUCCUUCUAGGUUCUGAAUAUGUCAUGUCUUUGCACUGAAAAGUGCUGUUACAGAUUAAACACAGUACUUUUAGUUGAUCACUUACAUUUAGAAAUGCAUCAGAAUUGCCAAAAAGUUUGCCUCGACAAGAAAAAGCAGAGACCGCAAGUUUUUUAUUAAUCAAAGGUUAGCCAAACGUUUUUAUAAUGGAAGAUUAAUCAAGGUGUUUAUAAAGCAAACAGGUUCAACAACAAACUACACCCACUGAGUACUGUUCACGCACAGUAGUCGGUGCCAUGAGGUUAAUUAUACAUUUCAUAUAUGCAUCUUUUCAGUUUUACCUCAGAUUUACAGUUGGGUGUGUUGACACUUCCCCUAUGUUCACAAAUCAAAAACAUCUCCCUGUAACAAAAAGGCAUGCCAGACACACCCUGAGCUUGUUUCCACGGAACUGCAGCAACACAAAAAGCCAUCAUAAGAUGUUUAUUAUUGCAAGAGAUUGCUGUCGCGCAGUCAGUCUUUUACUUCAGCUGCUUCAGAACAAAGUCAGGGAAAGAAGGCUUCAGUGAAGAGAACAGAGGGAGAGGCGUUGAUUAUUACUGUGCACACUAUAAUUACUCAAGAAUCACGUCUUGCACACUCUUUUUUUAAGCAACACUUAUUUAUUUAUUUAUUUAUUUAUUCAUUGACAUUAUUAAGGUCAAACUUUGUUUAUAUUUCUGUUUACCCAUUACAUUGCUUUCUUAGCUAUUUUCAAGCAUAUUUCAAACAUGUUGAUUGAUUUUUGUAGGUUUUUGUAGUAAAGAUCCAAAGCUUUUCAUUUUUCAAAACACACCUGCAUCCAUUUGUGUUCUGUUGUCCUUCUAUAAAUGUGUACCCUUAUCCUUAUGUUAAUCGCUUAUAUGUGGAUUUAUUUAUUUGAUUUUGAUUUGUUACUCCAAUAGUUACUACUUUGUGUCAUCAUUUCAAUUUUACAAGAUGUAAGGGAAUCAUUAAUUCCCUGUUAGGCAUUAUGAAUGUAAUUUAAGGCCAUAUGGUGAUAAACUACAGUAUUCCUUUGCACUUAAAAUAUUGUUGAACAUAUCCUGAACAUUGCUGUUAUGGUCAGAAGUGAAUUUCUAUUUUUGACAGUGUAUAUUAAAUAACAAUGAAAUACAUUUAGUAAUGAAUCGUUAUAAAUCUAAAAGCCAUGCUUUAUGUUUGCAGAAAUAUAUGAAGUUCCCCUUGUCACAGUUUCAUGAAGUGAAUAAUGUGAAAUGUUGCACUGUGUGUGGUCUAAUAGGUCUUAUGGUAAAGCAGAUUGUAUUUUGCGUAUUCAGCCUUUAAUUUAAGAUUUUUUUCUUCCCUGAAUCCCUCACAUAUAACAAAAAACACUGUAUGACUGUGCUUUUGUGAAUCAACAGUGAAUAGUUUGUGCAUUUUAUGGACCUGACAUUUUACACCUCAGUAUUGUGUGUGAGUGUACGCGGAUGUAAUCAUGAUUUGUCAAAGCAUCAGCUGUCAUUUCAAUAAAAGCUUUUUGUAAAAUUUGUUUUAUAGACA